AUGUUUCAGUUUACUGGUGGCCCAGAGGCAAAGACGGAGACCUCGGUCCGUCGCCAUUCGACAAAUUUGAGUUCGAAAACCGACAAGCGCCAAAUUACACGAAACCGAACAAGUUAUAGUUGCAUAACUUGUAGAAGACGGAAAGUGAAAUGUGACAAGGUCCAUCCAGUAUGUGGUGGGUGUACCAAGGCCAACGAGGAAUGUCUCUACACCUUGCAGGAGAACCAAGAGUCCAACGGGAUUUCAGAAGCAUCCAAGGCCUCCGAUGUUGCUGACUUGAAGAAGAGGAAGAUCGAAUCUGCUCGGGAUGGUUCAGACACAUCGCCAGUGAAUGAGCAUGCAUCGUCCAGCUCAGUAUCACCAACCCACCUGAGAGCCAUUGAGGACCAAUUGCAUCGUCUGUCUGCGCUGGUAGACUCGCUCCGUAGCAAUGGUUCUACUGAUGAGCAUCUGUAUCUGCGAAAUCUCCUCACGCCAAUUGCCUCUGGCUCGGAUCACGACACAGAAGAUGGACAUUCUCUUCACAAUUUGAGCCUAGGAAUGUUCUCCUCGGCGAGGAAUGGAUCCAAUAAAGAUGCUACGGAACUCAGUAGGCCUCUGGCAAGUCUCAAAUUGGGCCAUAACGAGGUCACAUCUCCAGAGGAUUCUUUUUGGAAGCACAUCACUUCGGAGAUCAAUCAACUGAAUCAAGCCAUGCGCCGACAAAGUGAUAGGUAUGUGAGUGCCACAAGCAUACAGACGGAAAGCUGCCCUUCCCGGGCACCCGAGACUCUUGAGCACAAACACCACCGAUCGCACGAUAAAGAUGGCUCUUUGGAUGCCAGGAGUUUCCAACAAGAAGCAGGCAUUGAAAUCCCCAAAUUUUAUGACCCGACCAAUUCGUGCCCAGUAUGUCACCUGAUGCCUUUCACAAAAUCAACACUUCUGCAAGACAUCCCAAUCAGGUGCACGCCAGCCGUUGGAAAAGAGCAUUUACUCAAGCACGUACCGUCCAGUGCUCAGAGUAAUGUCCUUUUCCGCUCUUGGCUGUCCGGUGUUCAUCCAAUCCUACCAAUUUUGAUUCCUACAGAGAUCCAGAAAAUCCAUGAGAAAUUCUGGUUACAAUAUGAACCAAAUUCGGCCAAGAGCUCUUGGUUUCCAGACCUUGGGUCUACCGCGCUGAUGUACGCCAUUUGGUACGCUGGGUCGCUGAGCUUGCCCCUUGAAGGAUUUAGAAGAUGGUUCCCGGGCGUCACCAGAGCCAUGGUCUGCGCCAGAUUCCAUGACCAAGUCGUCUUUGCUCUCCAUCUUGCACAAUUCUCGCGAAAUACCACUCUUCAGACACUUGCGGCAUUCGUCAUGAUUUGUUCUCUCCCUAUAUCCGAGGAGGACCCAACCCAAGCUACUCUGUACUUGCAGCUGGUUGUCCGUCUCUCUCUUACCAUGGGCCUCCAUAGAGAACCCACCCUCUUCAACAUGUCUGUCGCCGAGGAGGGCAUGCGCCGCCGACUGUGGUGGCAUGUUAUCCAACUGGAUGUUUCACAAGUUGUCUCUAGCGGUUACCCUUCCUUGAUUGCAGAUGCAUUCUGUGACACCCGGAUUAUUUGUGAGGACCACGAUGCACUGACAGACAGGAACACGCCUGACGGUGACUCCCAAACAAAUUCGCAGCAAAGAUCUUCCAAUGGUGCAAGCCCAACGAUGCACGGUCCCACAUGGGAGUCAUAUCGAACUUUUUCACAUGUUGCGAGGGCGAAAUCCAUCCUAUCAUGUGCCUUUCGAGAGGUUGUAUCAAUCCACAUGAGCGCGAAAGCCCUCAACAACGCAGACAUGCUUGACAUGAAGCGCACGAUGACCGCAGCGGGUGAGCAAGUGAAUUAUAUCAUUCAACAGAUUCCCUCGAAAGGUGUUCCUGAGUUAGGGUUUACUCCCAGUCUACCAAAACAAAAACAACAACGAACCCUCGAUUGCGAGACUUCCAUGGGGGAUCCCAUCAGUCUCGGUGAACUCGCUCACUUCACUGACCUGGCGGGCGAUCCAGACAUAUCAUCAUCGACUACCUACUAUUACCGCUCCAGACGUGUGGCGUACAACAAGUUUGCCAGAAUCACAUUAUCCAUGAUGAAUGAUAAGGUGCAUUGUGUCGCUUACGCACCUUUCCUGAAGAAUGCCAAGAGCAAACUAUGGAAUGUGGGAAGGCAAUGUGCAUUACACAACUGUCACAGCUUCCUGAGGAAAUUUAUAUCGAUAGCCAGUGACCCUGAGUUAGAGCCCUUCUGGUGGAGUUGGCCGUCAAUGUACGGACCCAUGCACGCCGCGCUUAUCGUUUUGGUUGAUCUGUACGAAAGACCUCGCAGUGUCGAAGCACCCAGGUCGAGAGAGUUGAUCGAUACAGUGUUUGCAUACUCGUCCCCUGAACGAGGUAUCGUGGGCGGCCCGUAUGGUGUGACGAUACACAGACCUAUGCGAGAAGGGGGCGUUGAAGCUUGGGAGAUGUUGAGAGGGCUGAGGUCUGCGGCCUGGCAAAAGGCAGGACUUGAUCCCAGAUUCCUCUGGACUGAGGCCGAUGAAGUCGAUAUUGGAUUCGCAAAACCGUUGACCGACUCACAAAAAAUCGCUCAGAGCAUACGAGAGGACACAUUAUAUGAAAAUCAUCGGGACCACGGUCGAAGGAACGGGAACGACCAAACCUCGUCAACUGAGAAACAAUCCUUCGAAGAUGGCUUCCAGUAUGCCUUCAAGCUUUCCCAGGCCGAACUCCUGGGGUCUGCAGAUGGCUGUGAAGGGCACGAAUGUGGGAAAACUCUGAGAGACCGCUUCAUCAAUGAGAUCGAGAAUAAUGAGAGGCUAAAUCCUAACCGCGGUCUUGCCUGGCGAAGUAACCAACAGAAAAUGCCGUUCCCACUCAGUGAGAAGAUGGAGGCUUGCUCCGGAUCGGCAGCACAAAGCGGACAAGACGCCAGCCACGUCCUGGAGCUGAAUUCACACUACCCCCGAACAGGGACCCAGCAUCCAUCUUGCACCGUUCAGUUAUCUACUCCUUGGAUCAACCCCGACGGUGCAGAUGGUGGCAGACAGACACUUCGUGAGAGCUCCUCCGGUGAGAAUAAUAUGUCACGGGCACCAGUCUCUUCAGUCGAGCAUCAGACGCUGCAGAAGGGUGCGAAUGGGCAUGCAGAAGUUUCUGCCAUCAAUAGUGGUACAUGGAGCAAUGGUGUCCCUCAUGACAUUCAUACGGGUAUCAAUGAACAAAAUCACCAAUCCAAUGGGCAGCCAGUCGGAAAUGGCGUUUCAUCAGACCCUUACCUUCAUAAGGAAAACCCUCCUACCGAUACUGACCUUGGCUUUGAUUGGGACCGGUGGGAUUCUGUUUUCGGUCAAUACUCAGGAUUCACCGACAUGAUGGAGGACGUGAGAUGGCAUGACUAUCUGGAGGAGUGA